AUGUCGAAUGAGGACGUGCGGAGGCACAGUGAGAGACUCCAAACGUUGCUGCUCCACCCGCCACAUACCACGGCGUCAAGCGACAAGACACUCAUCGUCAUUGGAUCAGGACCUGGCAUCGGUCGAUCAGUGACAACGCUGUUUGCAACAAAGCGCUACAACAACGUGGCUCUCAUUGCACGGCGCGCCGAGCAGCUGAAGCUCGAGCAGAAGGCCGUUGAGGAAGCCGUCGCCGGUGUCAAGGUCAAGACAUACGCUGUGGACGUCGCCGACAGCGAGGCUCUCCUCAAGGCGUUGGACGACAUUGAGGCGCAGCUCGGCAAGCCCGAAUGCAUCUACUACAAUGCCGCUCGCGUGCGCCCCUCCGAGCUGCUCACCCACGACGUCAAGGAUAUCGAGUAUGAUUUCAAGAUCAACGUCUCGGCUCUUUACACCGUGACCCAGCGGGAAAUCCCCCAUCUCAUCGAGCUGGCCAAGCAGGACCAGAAGGCGAUGCCGUCUAUCGUCGUGACCAGCUCCGUGCUGCCACAGCACCCGGUCCCCCAGUUCUUUGCGCUUUCACUGGUCAAGGCUGCUCAGCGCAACUUGGUGCAGAGUCUUUCCAUGACGUAUGCUUCGCAAGGUGUCCAUCUGGGACUCAUCAAUGUUGGUGGCCAGGUCUCGCCGGAACAUGAGACUUUGAAUCCCACCAACGCUGCUCCGAAGGCGUGGGACUGGUUCGCAAAGUCCCGAGAGGAGCCAACCUUUGAGGUCUUGAUCUGA